UAAUUAAAUGCCAGGCUUCAGGGGGGUGAGAUUCGGUUCAUGGGCUCCCCACAGUGGGGUAAGAAAAUUUUAGGAGCUCCAGAAGUUCAAACAGAGCGAUAUGAAAGCUGGAAAGAGAAGGGAAACAAUAUUUCCUGCACUCACUGUUUCGGUCCUGCGGCUGACGGCAACGCCAGUCCACCGGCAGUGACUGGCGGAACAGUCUCACUUGGAGAGCAGCACAGCUUGUCAGUGGGAGGUAACCUACAUGAUGCCCCCCCCUUCGUGCACUUAUCAAUUCAGUGUCCGUCCGUGCUGCGCCGCGCGUUGUAUUUGGGUACGUAAAUGCUGAGCGCAAACUGAGGUAUACUGUAAAAAAAAAAAAAGAAAAAAAAAGCGCACCAAUGGAUGCUGCCUGCGUGCGCGUAUUGGAUCGAGCUAAUUUGUGAUCACAUUUGAAGCAGCUUAAACCACACUGCAGUCGAAGAGAGGGGAAAAAAAGAAAGAAGAAGAAGAUAUAGGGCUCGGACGAACAGCACUUUGUGGAUAAUAACCCUUUAGCAAUUUCUUACCCCCGCCGUGUGUGUCACAUCGAUGGAUAGGCGAGGCUUGAAUUGCCGAAAUGCAUACAUAGAUGGAGCGUGGGCGCAGAAGUGAUGACUGCCUUUGGUGAACUAUAACACCCGUCCAGACAGGGUGAGAUCAAGGCUCGGCGCGGAAAACAUGUAAGAAUUGAGCUUUUGGGUGAAAGCUCCUCUCAACUGAAGCCGCUGCCAGAAUCUCUGAUGGGGUUUUAAAGGCUUCUUGAGGAUACCUGCUGGAUCUUUUUUUCUUUCUUUUUUUCUUUUUUUUUUACCUCCCCAUCCAUCCCAGAUAAACGCGUUUUUUUCCUCUCGAAAAUGGAGAAUGGAGCAACCUGAAGAGAGAGAUAAUCCCUAAUCUCGGCAACUUUUAUCAAUUCUCCAAUGUAUAGGAUACCUACUCAGUCAGUGAACUGCGGGACUUCUUUCAUCGAUAACACCAGGAGGGGAAAAAUAGAAAUAAGCAUCUUGAAAUCCGCACUGGGUUGUGAGGUGAAACCUAAUCAGAUUCAGCAGGGUUGAUGACUAAGAAGUAAUAGGGACUUGAAGAAAAGUUGCAUUUGAAAACGAUAGCGACGUUUAAAAAAAAAACCCACCUCUGCUAUAGCCUUCAGUCUAAUGACGGGUUUUUCAGGAUGUAUGCACCUGGAAAUUGACCACACGACGUUCUCCUUGCGCGGUGAGGAGAGGCUACUUUUUCAACAUUUAAUUUAGAUCGGAGAGAAAAGAAACCCAGUGUUACUUCACACUGACCUAACUCAUCAUUUGGGGAGAAAAAAAAGAAAAAAAUUCUUGGACCACAGUGUGUAUCGCUCUGCAUCGGGAGAGUAGUUUCAACACUGGCACUUGUGGGUGCCUCCGAGCGUCCUGAAGAAAAAAAAAAAAAAAAAAAGGAAGGAAAUAUCGGAUGCAUUAUCAUCACUGUGAGAGUUAAUAGCCAUGUCACCGAGACUGAUGUGUGGAUUACGUACGUCGUUUUGAGAGCGGGAACAGCAAAAUGUGUCUGGCAAGAAAGUAUCACCACGGAUUCUGCAAAAUCGCCUGAGAAUUGCGGAUGUUUUUUCGAUGCAGUUUUUGGGGAGGGAGCGGGAGAGGGACCGGUCUCCGUCUAAAGCAGAGAUCCUGCAGACCUUGGCGUCUCCGUGAACAAAUUCAAGAUGACUCAUCCCCUGAAGUAUUAGAUGCAUCUCUCCACCUCCACCCUCUGAGUCCCGUCUGCUACAAGCCUGUGUUAUCAGCUUUUGUCAAGGGCCAGAGUUUGGAAGUUAACAUGAGGAUGACCAGAGCCCCUCGGAACUGUGAUUGAACUGGCAGUGGGCCCAAAUCCUCUUUCCAAAGAGUGGAAGACCAGUCAGCGAAUUAUGAAUGUUAAACAAGAUGACCUCCUCUCAGCAGCAGCAGAUGAUGCGAGGUCCUAGGUGGAACCGGGCCUUGUCCGACCCUUUGUUUGUGCUGCUUCUGGCCCUCCAGCUGCUGGUGGUGGCAGGGCUGGUACGUGCUCAGACGUGCCCCUCUGUCUGCUCCUGUAGUAACCAGUUCAGCAAAGUCAUCUGCACCCGCCGAGGCCUGCGGGAUGUCCCUGAUGGCAUCUCUACCAACACUCGCUACCUGAAUCUGCAAGAGAAUCUCAUUCAGGUCAUAAAGGUGGACAGCUUCAAGCACCUAAGACAUCUGGAGAUCCUGCAGCUGAGCAAAAACCACAUACGCAAAAUUGAGCUGGGGGCCUUCAAUGGACUGGCCAGCCUCAAUACCUUGGAGCUUUUUGAUAACCGCCUCACCACCAUCCCGAACGGCGCAUUUGAGUACCUGUCCAAACUAAAGGAGCUUUGGUUGAGGAAUAACCCCAUAGAGAGUAUUCCCUCCUAUGCUUUCAACAGAGUGCCCUCAUUACGGCGGUUGGACCUUGGGGAGCUCAAACGGCUCUCCUACAUAUCUGAGGGGGCCUUUGAAGGGCUGAGCAAUCUGCGCUACUUAAAUCUGGGAAUGUGCAAUCUGAAGGAAAUUCCCAACCUAAUUCCCCUGGUGAAGCUGGAUGAACUGGAGAUGUCGGGGAACCAGCUCACUGUCAUCCGUCCUGGCUCUUUUAAAGGGCUCAUCCAUUUGCAAAAGCUAUGGAUGAUGCAUGCCCAGAUCCAGACCAUAGAAAGGAACUCCUUUGAUGACCUGCAGUCACUAGUGGAGCUCAAUCUAGCCCACAACAACCUUACCCUCUUGCCCCAUGAUCUCUUCACUCCUUUACAUCACCUGGAGAGGGUGCACUUGCACCACAACCCAUGGAAUUGUAACUGUGACAUCCUCUGGCUAAGCUGGUGGCUUAAGGAGAUGGUACCAGCAAACACCAGCUGCUGUGCCCGCUGCAGCUCACCUCCCCACCAUAAGGGACGAUACAUUGGCGAGCUGGACCAGAACUACUUUCACUGUUAUGCUCCUGUUAUUGUGGAGCCUCCCGCAGACCUAAAUGUGACAGAGGGAAGCGCUGCAGAGUUGAAAUGCAGAGCCAGCUCUUUGACCUCAGUAAGCUGGAUUACACCCAAUGGUUCCAUCAUGACACACGGUGCGUACAAGGUCAGAAUCUCUGUGCUGAAUGACGGCACUCUGAACUUCACUAAUGUUACCAUGCAGGACACAGGCACAUAUACGUGUAUGGUCAGUAAUUCCGCAGGUAACACGACAGCAUCUGCCACACUCAAUGUGUCCUCUACAGAGAACAGCAGCUUCAGCUACUUCACCACAGUGACAGUGGAAACCAUAGAAACGCCACAUAAUGAAGGCUUCACCACGACUGUGCAACAGAAGGUGGGCCCCACCCCCUCUUCUGGAUCAUGGGAGUCUGUUUCACCCACCUCUACAACUACCACCACAUUUCGGACCCCGCUGUCCACCCGUACCACAGAGAAGACUUACACGAUCCCUGUCACGGAGCUGGGCGGGGAGGGCUCACUAAACGGCCUGGAUGAGGUGAUGAAGACGACCAAGAUCAUCAUCGGCUGCUUUGUUGCAAUCACACUCAUGGCAGCCGUCAUGCUGAUUAUCUUCUACAAGAUGCGCAAACAGCACCACCAGCAGAACCACCACGCACCCACACGUACUAUUGAGAUCAUUAAUGUGGACGAGGACUGUGUAACAGGAGGCCCGGGCAUGGAGGGCCACCUGACUCUGCCUCCUCUUGAGCAUGAGCACCUCAACCACUAUAACACCUAUAAGACUGCGUACAACCAUGCCUCCACUAUCAACUCCAUACACAGCUCAGCGCACGAACCUUUGUUAAUCCGGGCCAGCUCAAAAGACAAUGUACAAGAGACCCAAAUCUAAAACUUUUUUUUCUUUUUUUUCAAAAUGAGACAUAAUAAAACUGAUGGAAUUACAUAAAGACAUUACUGACAGGACAUUACUGAUAACUGGUUGUGAGGACUGUGGCUCAAACAUGGAGAAAUAGACUCAUGUGUUUGGCAAAUCGAUGGCUGGUGAUGUUAAUUCAGUGACUUUGGGAAUUAGGGUAUGUCUACUGUUUCAAAAAGUGUCUUUACAAAACAGAAGUUAUUUAUUUAAGAAAAAAACUAUUGUGGUUAAAUCAAGAAAAACUGUAUUCUGCAAUUAUUUUUUCAGCACUUAAUUCAUGUUUUUUUUUUCUUCCUCUCAUUUCAUGGGAUUGGUUUACUAAUAUGCUUUCAAACUCUGUUUGAAGAUCUGUCGAAGAAAAACUCUUGAAGCAAAUUAUUGUUUGUUCUUUUUUUUUUUUUUCUUUUUUGGUAAACUGCGACUUUGGACCAGAUGAGAUAGUAACCUCGUGUUCCCCAUGUAACAAAGGAAUCUAGAGCACAUUAGUGAGUUUAUCCAGCUGUGGAUCAAGUGAUGAAAUCUUUGUGAUCAUCUGUAACUGGUAUGAAUUAAACGCACGUUCAUUAUUUUUUACAGUGAUUGACAGAACUGUCAGUGAUGAAAUUUGUUCAUGCUUCACUGUUUAAUUAGAUCUGUCACAUACAUAUUAGACAUUCUGCUCUGUUAUCAAUAGACUGAGGAUCCUAAAUGAAGGAAAUAUGCCCUGCGUUCUGCUAUUGUAAAAGUCAAGGCUCACUAUUAGAAGUACAUUCUAGUUAAAUUAAAUUCUAUAGAUUGACUAUGAGAGUCUUUGUGUUCCUAAUGUAUAUGCAAAAUACAAUUUUACCCCUGACCUCCACUUGUUUUGACUCAAAGCCCAAGCUUCUCAGAGACAUGAUUAUUAUACAGAGAAAGUCAAUAUUUGCAUUAAGAGCAAUACUGAUCUCUGAAGGUCAUGAUACAGGAGCAGCAUUAAUGGGUACGUUAGAAUUAACAUAAUCCAAAUCAAAAGUCAUGAAAAAAAAGGAAGAUGAUCUUAAAUUCUGGUAAAGGUCCACUGCGUCCAAAUGAAAUGUUUCCAAUGUAGGAUGGUCUCACCUUUACCUUACGGUGCUUAGUUCUGCUGCAUAUGAAGAUGAUUGCUUUGAAGCCACCUUUUUCAUGCUGGACCCCUUACCUCAUCUGCAUUACUGCAGGAUAGAGUUCUGAUCAGAAGCAGACUGAUGAGCUGAAGAAAGAGCGUAAACCCUUUAUACAGCUGUCUGAGCACAUUGCCUGUCAUCUGUGGGCCACAUUUCCACAUGGGCAGUGCCUGGCAGUCCCAGAUUCACACCCUGCCCCCUGCCAACCAUAGGACUUGGCCCUGAGCGAGAGGGCUUAUGCUGCAAGAGGCUUUAGGGGUGAAUGUGUGGGAUCGGGCAUCAACCAGAUGUUUGGGUUGCACCUGUCUCUCUCCCCCUCCCUUAGCGACAACACAAUUUCCAUUUUAAUUGAUGUGCCCAUGGGCUUUGGAUGGAAACAGCUCUGCAGGCGCCCAUACCCUGGAAAGCAUUUCAAAGUCCUCACAAUGAAAAAUGGUGCCAGGCACCAGACACGAGGAGGUUAGACAGACAUUUGUCACAUGCUCCUGGUUUAGUUUUAACAAAUAAGAGCAGCUUUUGUUCCCCUAACAGCGACACAUACAAAAAAAAAGGCUCAGGCUAUUGUCAUGCUUCAUUCAGUUUUGUUUUUAUAAUACAUUAAGGUGUUACAGUAAGGAAUUAUACAGAGGAGAAUACCUCAUAGAAACAACUGUUACAUAAGAUAGUGACAUGUACUUUCUGUGGAGUCACCAUGCACAGUGCUGUGCCUGUCCCUGAAAACUGGAAGUGGUACUCCACACAAACACUCGGAGGAAGUUGUGAGUUUCCAACAUUCAUCCUCUAUGGGCUUGAAAGGUUGGAUUAAUGGUGGUUACACUUUGAUUUCAGUGGUGGAAAUGUUUGUUUUCAACCCAUCCACAUAAACUUUGCAAACUACUGCUGCAUAAUCAACAUCUCUGCUCCAUUUGUAUGCUCACUUUUUUUCACGCUUAUACAUUUCACCAAAAAUAUUUCCACCUCAAUACUCACAGUACUGUCAAUCUGAGGAGCUUUGAUGUCCAUGGGUCCAUGCUUAUGACAGUGCCCUCUUCCUGCUUUUCCAUUGGACAAAGUCACUCUAAAUUAUACUGCUUAACCUCACUGAGCUACGUUUGACAAGAGUUCAUGGUCGCAUAUCGGAAAAUAAAGAAGAAUUAACAAAAACGCCAUCAGGUAGUCAUAAACCUUUUUUAAACACCUUUAAAGCCUAUAUUUGGUGAGUGCUUUCUACUCAGACAGACAGGUUUCAACCUAACGGACAGAGAGGCUACUUCCCAUAGUUUAUUGUUUCAGCAUAUUUCAAGUAGUAGUGAGAAUUAAUGAGGAACAGUACCAGUUCAUCCUACAGCCUCAUGUCUAGGAUGUGAGAAGAGAAUGAAAUUAAACAACAAGAUAAUAAUCUAAAGCCUUUUUCCCACAGGACUAGUAUUACCUGGGGUCCUCCUGUGAUAUGUAAUACAAUAAUUGCAUAGAUUAUAUAUGUUAAUAAUCCAUGUCUGCAAACUGUUCUCUGAAAAGCUCUGCAGAAAAUUACUUUCCAUAUCUCGCCUAAUACAGAGGUCAUUUCAUAAUAUUAGUUCUAUGUGCACUAUUUUAUUUUUUAUUUUUUUUCUGACUCUUACUCCACUUCCAGGGUAAGAAUUAUGGAGGCUGUAGUGGAAACUAUCAAUGGGAGCUUUCAAACCUUUUGCGGUGCAAAUUGUAGUGCUACUGUUUCUACUCUGCCUGGAAACCCAUUGUAUGUUUCAAAAUAGUUUGAUAAUCAAGAUCAGUGAAUUUAAAUGUAACACAAGACUUUAUUUAUUCACUUUGAAUGUGCUGCGCACAACACAGAUGUUUUUACCUUUACUUCCUAAAUAACAUGAGGUCCCCAGGUGAUCUUAGUCCAGACCCGAAGAGAUAACUGAUUCAGCCACAUCAUGUUAUUUGUUUUGUUUUUUUCUGUGGAGUUUGGCACAUUUGUAAACCAUAGAAUGACCUGAAUGUGUGUCAUUUAGUAUGUGUUUGAAUUCCUAGUGGUGGGAUGUGGAUCACAAUUCUACUCAGCUGACAUAAGAGAGUGUAACCAUCUUCCCCUUUUGCCUUUAGUUGGAGGUAAAUCGUCUGAAAAUUUAAAUGGUAAAUUUGUUGCAUUUUAGUCGAGCUGUCUCAUGUAUGUAAGAUAUCUAAAUAUUUUUGGUCAAUAUUCUUUUUUUUCACAUUCUUUUCUUUUUUUCUGAGAGGGAAUGCUGUUCUAGUGGUAGAUUUAUAUAAAAAUACAUUUUGAGAAUAAAACAAAACAAAAACAAAAAUUUUUAAAUUUUGAUUUUACAUGUGCCAACAACCUGUUCUAAAAGUGAAAAAGAGAAACAUGCUGUAAAAGAAUAAGAGAUUGAUUUUCAUGUAAGCAUUCUUUCAUGACCUUUAAAAGAUAUGGAGAUCGAUUAUAGAGACCAGAGUUUGUAGUUCAUACACAAAAUAUGGUUAAAAAUAAACUAUUGUUGUUUUUCUG